AUUGAUCAACCAUUUUUGAUAUUUCCCCCCUUUUAAGGUAGGACUUUCACUAGUCUAAGAAGUGUAUCAAACUUAGUGUUGAAAGGUUAGGAGAAAAACAUUUGCCUCCAAGGGCAUGAUCUUGGUUUAUUUGUGAGUAAUAGCUGAGUAAUUCCUUACAUGUGCAUCCAGGAAAUCUCUGUCCAGCCUUAGAAAUGAAUCCCUAAACAUAAACUUAUAAACGAAGAGACUUUUAAGCUACUUGCUGAUGCCUGGAAUUCCAAACUUCAAAUAUGGCCAAGGAUGGCUCUUUUCUUUAGGAAACAGUCUCCAACAUCUGAAAGUUGGCCAGAAAAAAAAAACACACAAUAAGCUCCUCCAGAUCCAGGUUUGUUGCUGAUGAGGAAGUUGAAGAAAGUGGUGGUAGGGGUGAGGGAGCAAAAUGGAAAACAGAAUAUAACAACUACCCUUAAAAUUCCAAAUUGUAAGACACUCACUACAAAUACUUUGGCUUUGGGAGGAACUAUAAUGGAGAAACCCUGAGCUGCCCAAUAGUCUCUAAUAUUUAAAAAACUCAACUGGGCCAUCGAUUGAGAGUGGAGUUAGAUUUGCUAAACUCUUGGGUCCCUGAUAGUGGAAUGCUUCUGGCUUGUUAAGGCCAAGCGAAAUUCUUCCAAGAGUUAAUCCCUGUGCUGAAUUGCAUCGUGCAGACAAUGUCCUGAGAAAAAGUGAACAAUAAGUUAUUUGAAGGAAGUUAGUAAGAAUCCGCCUAUGCCUUAGAAAUGCAUUCAAUGAUUUGGAUCUUCUUUAAAAAAUACCCACACACAAAAGAAAUUGACUGAACAGGAAGCAUAAAAUAAUUGUCCUCAUUCAGCGUGAGGAGGGCUCACUAUAUAUUCAUUUUUUUCCCUAACUAUUCUUCUCCCCUCUACCCCACCCCCAAGAAAGAAAAUAGUUAUUUCAUCUCAAAUGGGAGAAUGUCUUUUUUUUUUUCUUCAUUCACCAACCUCCUGUUGGAAGCUGAAGCACGAAGUAAGCACUCCUGCACUUGGGGCAGAAAUGUUGUAAGCCAGCCAGAGCCGAACAAGCUUACACUGUCGGACAGUCAGUCUCUGGGCCCCUCUUCCUCGCCUGCUGGAGCCUGUCCUAAAGCUAGUUAGCGGUGGAUGCUGUUUUCCGUCCUUGCCCCUUUAAAUCGGAAGGCAUUGAAGACUGCACCAUCCGGUAGCUAUUCUGGACACCAUGGCCACCACCACCCCGAAGCUGGGCAUCACUCUCUUUUCUCUGGACUCCAUGAGCCGCCUCCCCAGGCCUCCCCAGGUGGCCAUCUGAACGGACAGAUAAGACUGGGGCUACCUGGAGACAUGUACGCCAGGUCCGAGCAUUUCACUCAAGUGCCCGCCUCCAGGACAGAUCCUUUCGCUGCAGCUUCUCUGCAUAACUACGGGGGCAUGAACCUGAACGUGAACCUAGCUCCCCACCACGGCCCCGGAGCCUUCUUUCGCUACAUGCGGCAGCCCAUCAAGCAGGAGCUCAUCUGUAAGUGGAUCGAGGUGGAGCAAGCGCCCAAAAGACUUUGCAACAAAACUUUCAGCACCAUGCACGAGUUGGUAACUCAUGUCACGGUGGAGCACGUUGGCGGCCCGGAGCAGUCCAAUCACAUCUGCUUCUGGGAAGAGUGUCCGAGAGAGGGGAAACCUUUCAAAGCCAAAUACAAACUUGUAAAUCACAUCCGAGUGCACACGGGGGAAAAGCCCUUCCCCUGUCCUUUCCCGGGGUGUGGGAAAGUGUUUGCUAGAUCAGAAAAUCUCAAAAUACACAAAAGAACUCACACAGGAGAAAAACCAUUCAAAUGUGAAUUUGAAGGCUGUGACAGACGAUUCGCAAACAGCAGCGACAGGAAGAAACACUCUCACGUGCACACCAGCGACAAGCCCUACAAUUGCAAAGUGAGAGGCUGUGACAAAUCCUACACGCACCCCAGCUCCUUGAGGAAACACAUGAAAGUGCAUUGCAAGUCUCCUCCUCCGAGCUCGGGUUACGACUCCUCCACCCCUUCCCUGGUGUCGCCCUCCUCGGACUCCGGCCGGGACCCCCCCGGCUCUGCUGCAGCCCCCGCGGAGCCCGGCGCCUCGUCGCGGGCGGCGAACCUGAGCGAAUGAUGUCCACCGCGUUGCUCUCAAGGUAAUCUAGACAGACGCAGCUGAAAGCUUGAAUCUUAUGCCUUAGACAUCAAAGGCAGAUUGCACAAAGAAGUAUUUCUCCGCAACGGUGAAUCUUCAUGGUAAGUUAGGAUUUCUAUGGCAAUAGGCAAGUCAUACUUAAAUACUGAAAGGCGAAGUCUGGAGCCCGUCCAGUCUUUUCAUUAAGGACAUAAUAUUUACGUCUAACAGGCCUUUUUUCUUGUGUAUACAAGUAUAUAUUUUUGUUUGACGCGAACUAAAUCAUUUUCAUUUAAUUUCCGGUAAACAAAAACCACGCGAAUGGGCACUUGUUCCAGAUCAUAAUAAAAAUGGAUAAUAAUGUCAGGAAGAAAAGAGCCGCCUGAAUUGACGCGUCAGUUCCCCUUUGUCUCUGCAUUCUGCCGUGAUCAGAGAAUGCAUUUGGAUUUGAUGGCGAGUUUCUAAAGGCAAGGAAAUGGUUUUUAAGGGGGAAAGAAAAGGAGAAAGGUCUAAUCAAGCUCGGGUUGUUCAAAGAGUCUGAUUUUGGGGUUGAAAGUGUGAGUUUUAUGGUGCAUCUACAUGGCACGUUAGGAUCGCUAUGGUAAUGAGGAGAGCAAAAGCAAGCGGCCCUCAAUAGAGGCACACUCCAUUUGAGACAGUCUAUUAAGAUACAUUUGCACUGACCUUUGGUUUCAUGCUAGUUUAAUACAGUCAAUCUGCUCUCCAUCAUAUACUUCCUGCACAUAAUACACUUUCUCAAAUUUGGGUGUUUGUAUUUACCCGAGACCCUGGCUCUAGUUGUGCUUGGGAUUUUGGUCAAUGUUCUCCCCUUACCCAAAUCAUUACUGUUCUUAUCAUUACUGUAUUGUCGUGUUGUGCGCAGUGUUGUUGUUUAUUGUCAGAAAAGGAAGAGCUGGUCUCUAAGAACCUUUACUGCCCCCCAAAGACGAUCCAGGGUCAGUCGUGAAUGACUCUUGGCAACGUCAGAAGCUUUAAAAUUAAAAUCGAAAAGAAAGAAAGAAAACAAAUUUCAUCCACCAGAACACUUCGUUUUCCUGUCCUUAAGUUAGCUGAGCUUGGAAGACCGCGACAUCGAGAUGGACUAUAGGAAUGAGCCACAUCCUCAGAAAGUAAGGAGGACUGACUUCUGGCCACUCUCACCAUUUCCAAGCUCCCUUAUGCAUUUAACUUCCUACCGCCUUCACUUGUCCCAAGAAGGAUGUUUAUCAAAGUCUAAACUUAUAAGUGGCCCAAGUCCCCCCUGUUCUAAGGAUUCUGCUAAUGGAAGCUGGGGAAGAAUUUAGUCUGGGGGAGACUGGGAUGGGCAGGCAUUCCUGGGAAGGAAGGCCAAGGCCUUAGGGAAGAUCCCAGGAAAGUUAGAAGUCCAUGUUUCAGUAAUUGUCUUGUUGUUUAUUUUAUCCAAGUACCCCAGUGAAUAGGGGAAAAAUAAACACGGUGAAAAAAAAAUUCAAACAGUUGAGUCUUCUUUAGUGCCAGCCCUUGUGGUUGAAUAAAAAGGAUGGUCCGCUUUCUAUUGAGCUGAGAAAUCUUUGAAGUGGGAGUUAUUAUCUGAGACAUUCCUGCUUGUCGUCCUAACAACGCUGAUGAAACGUAAAACGGGCUUUGUUGGCGAUUUGUUCUCCUCUCUGUCAAACUCCCCCUGCCCGCUAGCUUUAAACCGUUUCUAAAGAGAUAAAAUCAAACUUUUUUUUUUAGAUAACUUUAGGGCUCUAAAGUCUAUACAGCAAAGAGCAACCCACAUAAAUACAAGUCCACAGGCUUACCCGUCUGUGGAGACCCCAGCACACACUUUGGUACACACUUAAGAAAAUGGCGAUGACUCUGUGUGUGUGUGUGUGUGUGUGUGUGUGUGUGUGGUGUACAUGGCCAAGUCGAACAAUCUUGGAGCUUGGGGAAUUUGUGUUUCUUUUCCUAGAUACAUGAAAUCUUAAGUACUGGCAUCAGUUGAUUACCUGAAAGGGGGAGGAGGGCAUGUUCUUUUAGAAAUCCCCUUGUCUCAGUAACCCAGAGAAAUCACACCCCUCAACACACUCUUCAUCACCCUCAAAGUUAAAAGGCAGUCCUCAGCUAAAAAUAGACUCAUCCUAUUUCCUCAAUCCCACUAUAGAGUCUGCAGAGCCCCUUUUUGGAAAAAUAAAAUAAAAGUAGGUAAGAGAGCUAGGACUGCUCCAGUGGAAUAGUCUUAAUUCAAUGUUUACAUUGAGAUAACUGAAAAAUAAAUAAGGAAGGAAUGUAGCCCCGCUAAUAGGCAUGCAAACGAAAAGUCCCUUGUGAGCCUGCGAAUGAAUCUUCUUACUGUCUACCUAGCCAGGUCUUGGAGCUUUUCAUCGGUCCUGGUUCUCUGAAACCUCAUGUUGUGCUUUUAAAGGUGGCUUUAAACACACACACACACACACACACACACACACACACACACACACACACACACACACACACCAAACCAUUCAGGAUAUUUAGGAGGUCUUCUUUCCCUCCCCUGUGUGUGAUGACUAAAUGAUUUGUAAAGAAGUUUCCUAAAGCUGUAACCCAUGCUGUUAUUAUAGUUGUUGCAAAAUGUUGUCUUUUCUAUUGAUUUUUAUUUGUUUACUGGAGGUCCCCAUAUGUUUGUUUAUAUCGCUAAUUUAUGGGAAAAUGUAAUGAUCGCAAUGAAUGUGAAUUAUACAGACAGGAAAACGUUUUGUAACCGUAACUCACAAAGAAUGCCCUACUGAGCCCUCUGAAUAUUUCUCAUCCUUUCCUUCCAGAUUGUGAUUUAUAUCUUGCCUUCAGCAGGAGUUAAAUUAUAAAGUAACUUUUUUUUACUUGUUCUGUUUGAAAGCGACUAGACUACUGUGGAAAGAAAAUAUUCCAAGUAGUUGAUGAAUCUUUCUGUAAAUAUGUACAACUUGAAUUCUGUGACUCUUUCUCCCCAAAAUAUAUCCUAGAUGUGUAGACGAUGUUUCAUUUCGUUCUUUCCAUUAUUUCAAAAUA